CCUACAGUUUUCAAAAAUGAGUGAAAAACCCAAAAUUUAACUGAGAUGUCACAUGACUCGCACGUGCUCGUUGUCUUCCGUUGGUUCAUCGCUUAUGUGGCACUCUUUAAAUGACGUGGGUCCACAACUAUUACACUCUCAUCGUCCUUCCGUACCUCCUCCCUCUGCACGUCUUUGCUCAUCCUCAUCAUUGGAGCUGGACCCAAUUUCCAAACGCCAGAGUGCUGCCGAUUGGUGUGUCGUUGAAUUGGCAAGAAACCAAGCAGUAACCCCGAUUAUUGCUGACUUAAGCAUCGGAGUGUCUACCCCGAGGAUCCACCUCGGGACUUUGAGGGUCAAUCUAGAGUGCAGAUACGGACUGAAGAAAGACUUCCGGUUUGGUGCAGUUACAUUCUGGCGCCGUCUGUGGGAAACUGAACUAAGGGCUCCUUUGUUGCUCUUAUCAUGGUUAAAACUAGGUCAGCCCGAGGUGGAAACUCGUCUCAACCUCUUGGACGAGGUUAGCAAUUCAGCCUCUACUGCUAACCAAGACGUAGUUGCAACUCAGCUCGCUGCCAUGCAACAACAGUUUGGUGUUUUUCAACUAGUGCUGGCUCAGUUAUUAGCCCGAAACAAUCCUGGUGAUCCACUCAUCAACCUACUUAAUCCUGCUCCACAGCCUCCAGCCCCACCACAAAAUCCUGACCCAGUUCAACAUGCUCCUACCGUUAGUGAAUCUCAAGGCCAAUCUCACAUCGCACCAGUUAUGCAACCCCCUCGUGAUGAUGUCACUCGACGUUUAGAUAGCUUAGAAAAGCUAGUAGUCGAACAGCAAGGUGUCCCACCUCCACACCCUGCUGCUGACUCCGUACCUCACCCUCUCAACACCAAUAUUAUACUGGAACCUUAUCCCACUGGCUUCAGAAUACCACAGCUUGAAACUUAUGAUGGCACGAAGGACCCCGAUGAUCAUCUACAUGCUUUCUACUCUUGCAUGCAGGCCCAGAACGCCUCUGAUGCGUUAAUGUGCAAAAUCUUUUCCUCUACCCUCCGAGGUAAUGCUCGAACCUGGUACUACAAUCUACCUCUGAGGUCAAUCAACUCUUACAUAGAACUGGCAUCUGCUUUUGCCACAAAGUUUUCCAGUAGAAGGUUGAUCAGGAAAACCACUUUUGAGCUGAUGCGGGUUAAGCAGAGGGACGGAGAGUCUUUGAAGAAUUUUAUGAGCAGAUUCAAUGAUGCUGUGCUGGAGGUUAACUCUUUCGACCAAGCUGUGGGAAUUACAGCUGUGAUCUCGGGUCUCGGCCAUGAAAGAUUCAGAGAUAGUCUGCUUAAACAUCCUGCCACCACCUUCAGUGAGGUAAAUGAUAGAUCAUUGAAAUUCAUAAUUGCUGAGGAAUAUGCCCUAUCGCAGAACAUCACCCCUGUUAAGAAUCAACACCCAGACUGGAGAGAUGAGUAUCCGAACAGGAAACGGAUGAAGACACCACAGAACCGAGGUUUGAUGUCGACUUCCACCCUGAGACUCGGAAGGCCGGACUUCGCACCUUCGCAACAACCUGCAGGUAAACCUCCAGGUAAUUGGACUCCUUUUAAUUUACCGAGGUCACAAAUCUUUAUGCAGAUUAAGAAUAAGAUGGACUUAAGAUGUCCGAGUCCAAUGAGAACUGCUGCUGCUACCAGAGACCAUACUAGGUACUGUGAUUUUCAUCAGGAUCACGGUCAUACAAUAGAGCAAUGUAAUAGUCUGAGGUCCGAACUGGAAAGUCUGGCACAGAAGGGAAUGUUGAAUGAGUACAUCCAGAGAGUGGAACAGCCAAGGUUUGUCAGAGAACAAGGGCCACAGCAUCAAGCAAUCCGCAAUCCCCCAAACAGACAAGGUGUGGGAUAUCAGCAAGCCCCACCCCCACUCCCACCACCAACUAGAGUCAUACACAUGAUUACGGGAGGUCUGGAAGCCGGUGGACUGAGCUCUAAGCAGCGAAAGCUGUAUGUCAGAGAGGUUAAGCACCAGAACCGAGCUCAGAAGCGAAAAUUUGACGAUGCUGAGUGGAAGAAUCAACCCAUCACUUUCACAUCUACUGAUCUCGAAACAGUUGUCACACCUCACAAUGAUCCUCUAGUCACUUCUGUCACGAUCAACAAUUGUGAAGUACAGCGUGUCCUUGUUGACACAGGGAGUGCACCAGACAUCAUGUACUUCCAUUGUUUUGAGAGUCUUGGGUUAGAUCCCGCUCUGUUACAACGUUAUGUGACCCCUUCCGUGAGGUUUUUAGUGGUCAAGAUGGCGUCCUCUUUCAACGCUGUUAUUGGCCGACCUACACUGACUGAGAUUCGAGCUGUGGUUUCCCAAUCUCAUCUAUGCAUGAAGUUCCCAACUCCUACGGGAAUAGCAACGCUGCGAGGCAACCAGGAGAUUCCUGAUGAUCAGCAAGUUAUGGGUGUAGAAAUCGUAGAUAACCGACCAGAAGAUGAAACCAAGGCUGCUCCAGUCGAAGAUGUGGAGGAAGUACAGAUUGAUGACAAAGAUUCGAGCCGAAAAACGCAAAUUGGGACUAAAUUGAACCAGGGGGAAAGAGCAGAGCUAAUAGCUUUUCUUCGGGCCAAUAAAGAUGUUUUUGCAUGGACUUCAGCAGAUAUGCCGGGGAUUCCCACUUCAGUUAUUAAAGAAGAAGUCGAGAAACUCCUACAAGCCGACUUUGUCAGAAGGGUAGAUUAUUGUGAGUGGGUCGCCAAUCCGGUGUUGGUGAAAAAAGCAAACAGUAAAUGGCGGAUGUGCAUUGAUUACACUAACCUCAAUGAUGCAUGUCCAAAGGACUGUUAUCCUAUGCCAAACAUUGAUAAGCUGGUUAAGGCAGCUUCGGGAAAUGAGAGAUUAAGUCUUUUGGAUGCAUACUCAGGAUACCACCAGGUCCCAAUGGCUCCUGAGGAUGAAGAAAAAACCUCGUUUUAUGCUGGUGAUGAGAUCUAUUGCUACGUAAUGAUGCCCUUCGGCUUGAAGAAUGCAGGUGCCACUUACCAAAAGAUGGUCACCAUCGUGUUCCGAGCUCAGAUAGGACGGAAUCUGGAAGUUUAUGUUGACGAUAUAGUGGUGAAGAGUUUGAAAGUCGACGAUCACUUAACUGAUCUUGAGGAGACAUUCAACAAUCUCAGACAGAAUAGAAUGAGGUUAAACCCAGCCAAAUGCAUCUUUGGUGUGGAAUCUGGAAAAUUCCUGGGUUUUAUGGUUUCCCGGAGAGGGAUUGAGGUCAACCCAGAGAAGAUUAGAGCAAUUGCCGAGAUGGAACCGCCAAAGUCAGUGAAGGACAUACAGAGGUUGAUUGGAAGGGUAGCAGCUCUUCAUCGGUUCAUAUCGAAGUCAGCAGAUAAGUGCCUACUGUUUUUCAAGAUUAUGCGGUCAGUUGCCCAGAAUGAUGAAUCAGAUGAAGCCAUUAGUUCGGUUCUGGUAAGAGAAGAAGCCAAGCAGCAGAAACCAGUAUAUUAUAUCAGCAGUGUGCUGCAUGGAGCCGAGCUGAGGUAUCCCAUAGCUGAGAAAGCAGCCUUAGCAGUUGUCACUUCGGCUAGAAAUACGAUCCAAGUAUACAGUGACUCCCAGCUGGUGGUGAACCAAAUUAACUCAAUCUGCGAAGUUGUUGAUCUUGUGAUGGUGAAAUAUGUAGCUCUGGUGGUCGAGCUGAAGUGCAAAUUCCAGAAAUUCUGUCUGAGCAAAAUCCCCCGAACUGAGAAUGAACAGGCAGAUUCACUCUCUAAAUUCGCCUCUGAUAGUUCUUCACAUUCCAGAUCAGUUUUUGUGGAGGUCAUAGAUGAACCAAGCUUCGUGAAGCCACGGGUGAUGGAGAUCAGCACCGACCCAAGCACACCGAGCUGGACUGACCCAAUCCUCUCCUUCUUACGAGAUGGGAUAGUACCUGAGGACAGGCAUGAGGCAAUGAAGUUAAGGAGGAAAGCAUCCCGGUAUACACUUGUUGAUGGGGUUCUCUAUGCACUCAGGGAGGUGCAUGAAGGUAUCUGCGGAAGUCACGUGGGUGCUCGAACCUUGGCUCAUAAAGUCCUUAGACAGGGUUAUUAUUGGCCUAACAUGUACAAGGAUGCCACUCACUUUGUUCAGAGAUGCUUGAAAUGCCAGUUCUUUGUGCACCUGACUCACCAACCUGCAGAAGAGCUCACUACUCUGGUAGCACCAUGGCCAUUUGCUCAGUGGGGAUUGGAUCUUUUGGGACCAUUCAUGAAAGGGGUUGGUGGUGUAACCCACUUGAUUGUUGGUGUAGAUUAUUUCACUAAGUGGGUUGAAGCUCGGUCGUUAUCCAGUCUUACUUCCAAAAAGGUUGAAGACUUUGUUUUAGAAGGCAGGGGCACGAACUCCACCACUUCGUCCCCCCUGGUUCCUAGCUCUGCCACCCUCCUCUUCUUCAUCUAGAGAGGUGCCGUCUCCUCACUAACAUCCUC